AUGGAAUGUCCAGCAAAUUCCGGGUCCAACUAUUUCAACUAUAAAGGGACGUUCAGUAUUGUAUUAUUGGCUCUAGUUGAUCAUAAUUAUAACUUCACUUGCAUAGAUAUUGGUAGUUAUGGAAGCAAUUCUGAUGGUGGUAUAUUUGCCAAAUCUGCUUUAAAAAAGGCAAUAGAAGAACACGUGUUGGAUACACCAACAGAUUCUGUGAUUUUGGGAGAUGAUGCUUUUCCGUUACUACCAUAUUUAAUGAAACCUUAUGCCAGACGCAACCAUUUAACAGAACGAGAAAAGGUUUAUAAUUAUAGGCAUUGUCGUGCAAGACGUAUAGUGGAAAACGGAUUUGGUAUCCUAUCAAGUCGUUUUCGUGUAUUUAGACGGCCAAUAACAUUAACACCAGAAAAUACAAUAAAAUUAGUAAAAGCAGCUUGUGCACUUCAUAACUGGAUCAGGAAAAAUGGAAAGAAUCCAAACUCAAUAUCUGUAGAUAUAGAAGAUACAGAAACUGGACGUCUUCUUAAUGGUUCAUGGAGGAAUGAUACUAGCCCUACUGGUUUACAGCAUUUGGGAACAAUGUUGCAGCGAAAUUCUAAUACAGAAGCAAAAGAUAAAAGAAAUAGUUUGGCCGAUUAUUUUGUUGGAGAAGGAGCAGUGGAUUGGCAGAAUCGAAUGAUUUAA